AUGGCGAUACAGCCCCUCCCACUGUCUGUUCCCGUCUCGAAUCGAUCGCUCAAGAAGUUGUUGAGCGACCUCACCACCCUCUAUACCAACAAUCGUACCCGUGUCUCGAGGACAAUAUAUGUCGCGCUGACGCUGGUGUUGAUCCACCGAGUCAGAGGCGCCAUCAAAGAGCAGAAAGCAGCGGCCGCCAGAGCUGCAGAGAACAGACGCAAAGGUCUAGCGGGAGAAGAAGGCAAGAAGAAGAAGAAAAAGGUUGAACUGAAUCGGGAAUUCUUUCGCAAUCUCGGCCGGCUUCUGAGGAUAUGCAUACCCACCUGGAAGAGUAGAGAGGCACGACUAUUGCUGAGCCAUUCUGUAUUCCUGGUGCUGCGGACACUCAUGAGCUUGUAUGUCGCUGAGCUUGAUGGACGCCUUGUCAGUGCCCUGGUGCGAGGGAAAGGCAAAGCCUUCCUCAGAGGCUUAGUAUGGUGGAUGAUUGUCGCCGUCCCAGCGACCUUCACCAACUCCAUGGUGAGCCCGGUGAAAUGCAUCGUGAACUGUCCUCCACUAACUCUCGCGUUAGCUUGCUUACCAUCAAACAACACUCUCACUCGCGUAUCGAUCCCGACUCACGAACCACAUUCACAAUCAAUACCUUGGUAACAUGACCUUCUACACUUUAUCGGCUCUCGACGAUCGAAUCAAGAACGCCGAUCAACUCAUCACCGUCGAUGUCUCCAAGUUCUCCAAUAGCCUGGCUGAGCUCUACUCUAGUCUCUCGAAGCCUCUAUUGGAUCUGAUCAUUUACAGCUGGAGCCUAUCAAGAAGCGUUGGAGGUGAAGGAUUGUUUGCUAUGAGCUUGAUGGUGCAGCUCAGCGCAAGUGUCAUGAGAGCCUUGACACCGCCUUUUGGGAAAUAUGUGGCCGAGGAAGCCCGCCUCGAAGGUGAAUUCCGAGCACAGCACUCCCGUCUAAUUGACUACAGCGAGGAGAUAGCCCUGUACGAUGGGCAUGAGGCCGAGAAAGAUACCGUCGACAAGGGCUACUUCACUCUCAUCAAGCAUGUCAACCGCAUUCUCCGGAGAAGAUUGUACCACGGUGUCAUGGAAGAAUUCGUCGUCAAAUACUUCUGGGGCGCGCUUGGCUUGCUUCUAUGUUCUGUACCGGUAUUCUUUAAGCUACCUAGCGCACUUCCCGGGAGCAACAGCGCUGGCGACAGAACAGAAACAUUCGUGACGAAUCGGCGCCUGCUACUGUCGUCAAGUGACGCCUUUGGACGCCUCAUGUUCUCAUACAAAGAGUUGUCAGAACUGGCGGGAUACACGAGCAGAGUCAGCAUGCUGUUGGAAGUCAUAGCCGACAUCCAGCGAGGCCACUUUGAGAAAGCCCUAGUCUCAUCCGCGUCAACGGAAUCGAACGCCGCUGUCCUAGCUGGUCGGGGAGAGCUAUUAGAAGGUGAAGACAUCAAGUUCGAGCAUGUGCCAAUCGUCUCGCCCAACGGCGAUGUCCUGGUGAAAGCCCUAUCAUUUCACAUUGCGAGAGGAGACCAUCUACUCAUUGUCGGGCCCAAUGGCUGUGGAAAGAGCAGCCUGUUUCGAAUCCUAGGGGGUUUGUGGCCUGUAUACGGUGGCAAGGUCAGGAAGCCUCCCAGCGAAGACAUAUUCUACAUACCCCAAAGGCCCUAUCUUAGUAAGGGCACCCUGAGACAGCAGAUCCUAUAUCCGGACAAUCUGCUGGACAUGCGCGCCAAAGGGAUCACCGAUCAGGACUUGAUUAGCAUUAUGCAAAGCCUCGGACUGGAGUCGCUGCUUGAGCAAGUCAACACAAAGCCUCCUACUGUUGAUCACAUUGGGCCCAAUAGCCCUGUCGAGAGCCGCUCGAGGCCAGCUACAAGUGACACGGGCGUGCUCGAUGUCGAGCAUGAGUGGGCAGACGCACUUAGCACAGGCUUUCAGCAAAGGAUAGCUGCCGCCCGACUUUUCUAUCACAGGCCCAAGUACGCAAUCCUCGACGAGUGCACGUCGUCGCUAACACCGGAAGCUGAGAAGACCAUGUAUGAUGAGGCGAAGCGUCUUGGGAUUACCCUGAUGACCGUAUCCCAUAGGCGGUCGCUUUGGAGAUACCAUGGCUGGAUCCUCCAAUUCGACGGACAAGGCGGGUACGUGUUCACCGCCUUGGACGCCGAGACCAGGCUGAAGCUGGAAGACGAGAAGGAAGAGCUCGAUCUGCAGCUCAGAGCGGUGCCGGAAUGGGAGAAGCGAAUUGCCGAACUCGAGGCUGGUGGGCAGCAAUGA